CUUAAACAUUGAAACACGACUGUAUAAUCUAUGAAUAAAACAUUUACAAAAUUAGCAUUUAGCAAACAUUCAAAUCCGUAUUCUUCCUCUGGUCAACUAAAGUAUUCAUCUUCAUUAACUAUGCUUAAACAACAACAAUCACAAACUAAAGAGUCUAACGGAGUAUCAACUAAUUCAUGCCUUUAUUGUGUUACAAAAACUGCACAUCCAAGAUUAGGACGAGGCGAAACUUAUAUUUGUGGUUAUAAACCAUAUCGUUGUGAAAUAUGUAAUUAUUCUACUACAACAAAAGGAAAUUUAGCGAUACAUCAACAAUCGGAUAAACAUCUAAAUAAUCUUCAGGAGCACGAACAAACAAUGUCUCAAACAAUAUUCAAUACAGCUGAUACAAGAAGUAAUCAUAGUGAAAGUCCUGAUUGCACUCGCCAUCAACAAAAUAAUCUGCAUCAAAAUCUUGCCCAUCUAAAUUCAGCCAGUAAAAAAUCAAACUCAUCAUGUGAUUUGAACAUUUUAACUGCACAGUCAUUGUCUGAAAGACGAACAGUAUCAUCGUUGCAACAAAAUAUGAAACUAAAUCAAAAAACUGUUGAAUUUCUUCAGCAAAAAAAUGAGAAUGAAAAAGUCAUAGAUAAUAUAAAUAUAAAUAAAGCCAUUACAAAUUUUCAUGAACUAGGUUUAGCUAAUGGUGAAGAUAGAAUGCAUCAACCUAGCUAUUCUUCAUAUUCAUCUUCUGUUAUUGAUUCGUCCUCUUUUUGUUAUGAUCAUCCAUUGAAAACAUUCAUACCUCUAACAUCAUCUCAUGAUAAUCUACUAUGUAAUCUUACUGAAACAGCAAAUCAUCCAUUAGCAUGCCAAGUAUGUUGUACAUUUACAACGGAUAAUUUAGAUGUCUUGAUUGAACAUGUCGAACGGAAUCGCGUACCGUUUGAUUUAGACUAUGUUACGAAUUUAAUAACUUUACAUACAAAUGGUUUUUGGUUCUGUAAACUAUGCUCUUAUAAAAGUCCUUUAAAAGCUAAUUUCCAAUUACAUUGUAAAACAGAAAAACAUGCGCAAAGAUUAAGUUUUCUUGUACAUGUUUGCGAAGGUGGUUUAUGGAACCAGUCACGCAUUCUGUCAACUUUAAAUAUUUGUGAAAAUAAAAUAUUAGAUGUCAGUAACAGCAAUAAUAUACAAUGUUCAAUUACAAAAGCACCGAAUUAUAAUAUAUCAUCAUUGAAUAUAACGACUAAUCUUACUACUCAUAAUAAUAACAGUAGUAAUGUAGGUAACAAUAGCAGUAAUUGCAAUAAUGUCAAAAACAAUUUCAAUUUAACAUCAUCAAUACAGUUGUACUGUAUAGCCUGUGAUUUAUUUACAACUUCAGUGCAUAAAUUCCGAUUACAUUGUCAAACACUUAGUCACAUUGGAGCUGUGAAGAUAUUUACACAUUUAGUCAAUCGACGCAAUUAUCUAUGGAAUACCUUAGCUUCUUUAAGUUUGUUCUAUGUUGAUUUUUUGAAGUCUCUUAUAGAUGAAAAUGAUAAUGAUGACGAGACCAAUAAUACACAUACAGACUCUUCCCUAAACAGUAUGAAUAAUUUGAAAUAUCAAACAAAGUUCAAUAAGAUUUUAUUACAAUUAUCGUCAAUCCUUACAAACUUACAAGUUGUUUAUGUAUGUCAUAAAAAUUAUUUACCGUUCAUACCAUCAUUGAUAAAUUGUUCAUCCCCUUCAUCUAGUAGUCCCAAUAUUAAUUUAAUGUCAUCUGACAAAUCAUCUCAACAAUCUAUCACUCGUUUUAAGUCACUAACAAGUGCUUUAAAUCAUUGGCAUGUUACUGAACACCAAAGAUCAAUCGCCAAACAACAAUUAUUUACAGACCAUGAAAAUGUAUCCCAAUAUAAUCAAAUUAAUGAUUCUAAUUAUUAUUCAAAUGAAAUAUUUGAUAUACAUUGGCAAUUAAAUGAUAUUGAAGGGAAUAUUGAAGAAUUACCAACAAUAAUUAUUAAAAUCUUAAUACCAAUUAUUAAUGAAUCAAUAAAUAAACAAUCAAUGAAUUCUAAUGAAUAUAAUACACUAAUCAAUAAUUCUAUUAUUAAUGAUAUUGAAUUAAUAAAUUCAAGACAAAUGUCUAAUUAUAAUAUAAAGAAUACAAUGAAUAAUACGAAAGAGAAUGAAGAAAAUAAUUGUAAUAAUGAAUUAAUAUAUGAUAAGAUGAAAAUAAUUGAUUUAUCUUAUGAACAAGAUUCAAAUAAUAAAACUGAUCAACAAUAUGAAAUGAUUGUUAAUAAUAAUGAACAAAUAAAUAAAAAGAAAUUUAAAUUAUUAUCUGAAUAUAUUGGUCAUUCAGAUAGAAAACUUAUUUCAUCAUUUCAUCAAAUUCCAACUACAAACAUUUCUGAAGACAACCAUCUACCUACAUUUUCUGCCACUGGUUCUAACAACAUUGGUGAAAUCAAUAUCCCAUUCUCACCCACCGGAGGAAGUGGUGAGCAAGCAACUGAGACUGAAGCUAUACGGUGUCAUAGUCAAAUUAAUAGCUCAGCAGUUGAUCAAAACUUUACAGAAGAUUUAACAAAUGCCACGAAGUACAAAUUACAACCAUGUAAUGAAUUGAAUAGAACAGUUAUUUCAAUCAAAUCUCUUACUAAUGAUUGGCCGACUAGACCAAAUUCGGAACCAAUUUUAAAAUUAACCAAUCAUAAUUCUCUUGAAUUUGAAAUCGAUUCGAGUAAGAUAAAUAUUUACAAAGCGAAAACCUAUCAAAAUCUAUCUGAUUCAACAGUUAUUAAUCAAGAAUAUAAAAAUAUUAUGACAGCUAAUGCAUUUUUAUCAUCUAAUUGUACAGUUGAAGAUAAUGUAUCUGCUAGCCGUUUAUUUUUACCCAAAGAAUUACAUAUAUCAGAUGAAUGGAGAAAAUCUGAACAACGUUUGACCGCUUCAAAUACAUCAAAUAUGUCAUCACCUAUACAUAAUUUUAAUAUAUGUGGUACAUCAGUAACACCUAUGGAAUUAUUUGCACAAAUGACAGCUCAUUAUAAACAAAUCUCUGAAAAUUAUAACUACGCACAAUCAAUGGAACUAUUUUUAACCAAUCCAUCAGUAAUAACACAACUCGCUUCAAUGAAUAUGAGUAAAAUUACUGAACCAGUAUCGACAUCAACUUUAAUAUCACAACCACCCCCCUCUUCUCCUUCUUCUUCUUCUUCUGCUUUUACACUUACACCUUUAACAGCUAUUUCUAAACCAUCAAAUUUACCGCCAAAACAAAUCGAUGAUAUUGAUUUACCAACUAAUCACAACCGAAUGUCAACCAAUGAUUUUUUCCAUGAGUUUAAUACGUUGCCUAAUUUACAUAGUUUAUUAAAACAAUCAUUUGAAUUAAUAAGUUGUGACAGUUUUUCAAAUAUACAAAAUGAUAAAUAUUGUUCAGAGGAGUUGUUAGCGUUUACUUUAGAGGUAAUUGUAAAUGAUAAAGUAUAUUAUGGUAAUAUUUAUGAAAAAUUAAAUAAUCAUUGGUUUAAAUUAGAGUAUGUACGUGAAUUACAAAUGAAAAAAGGCAAGUUGUGUACAUAUUGUUGUAAUGAUAACUAUGAUAAUAAUAAUGAUGACGAUGAUGAUAACGUUAGCAACGAAAAGAGUAAUGAUGAUGAAAGAAACAGAAAAUAUCAAAAUAAAUCGCAUCGUUUUCUAUUAGAAUCCAGUUCAGAAUUACACAUAAAACUACAACAUUCUAAACAGAUUUCUAAUAAUAAUAAUGAUAAUCCUUUAACUAUUAUUUUAUCUAAUUCAUCUGUAAAUGAAUUAGUUGAAAAGUUAAAUUUGCUUAUUUCUAAUUCUGCAUUCUCAGAUUUAUUUCAUUCAAGCUUAGAAAAUCAUUGUAAAUUACAACCAUCUGUUAAAUCGAGUUCUGCAAAUCUAUUAUCGAUACAUUUAAAACAUAUACAAUCAGAUAGUUUUCAAAAUAUGCCAAAAUCUGUAUUACAAACAAAUGAAAUUGAAUUCAAUGAUACUAAUACUUCUGCAUCAUUAAUAGUAGAACAAAAUUUCUCAGCAAAAAAUCUUGUCACUGACAACAAUACUACUAAAAAUGAUAUAAGUAAUAUAUGUGAUUCCAAUACUCCAUUAUCAUUAUCAGUGAUUACUUCUGAUCAAUCCAAUUUACUUAAUAAAGAUAUAAAAGAUUCAAUAGUAAAUAGUCCAUUUGAAACGAUAACAAACAAUAUUUGUUCAAAUAAUUCUAACUUAUUAUUAAACUAUACUUUAACUAAUAAAAAUGAUCCUAAUGAGAAUAAUGAUAAUAAUCAAAUUGAUAAAGAUAAUAAAAUGAAUAAAACAUUCACUGAAUCUUAUUUCAAUUCUAUAAAAGAUUACAAACUAAAUUCAUUGAACCAUAUGAACAACAAAUCACAUCAUCAUCAUCAUUAUCAUUAUCAUCAUUACAAAAACGAAGUCGUACACGUUUAA